CGCCGUGGGUUAUUUUCGUGUCGGAGCGGUGCUCGAGGCAGGCGAUGAUGGGGUCCGGCGUUCCCUGGCCUCCAUCGCAGGUCCUCCUCAAUGUAGGGGGGAAGAAAUAUGCAACAACAGUUGAUACACUUACGCAACGGGAGCCUGAGUCCAUGCUUGGAGCAAUGUUUAGUGGGCGGCAUACUGUUUCUACAGAUGAUGUAACGGGAAUGAUAUUUAUUGAUAGAGAUGGGAAACACUUCAGGCAUAUCCUCAAUUGGUUAAGGGAUGGGAUCAUUCCAACACUCCAAGAUUCUGAGUAUCAAGAACUGUUGCGAGAGGCAGAAUACUAUCAGUUACUUGGAUUGGUUGACAACAUAAACACAAGUUUGAACAAAAGAAAAGACAAUGAUGGCUCAGUGGCUGAAUUAUCACGAACGGAGAUCAUCAAAUGCAUUCAAUCUGACAGAGUUAGGUUUCGAGGCGUGAAUCUUUCUGGCCUUGAUCUUUCUAAACUUGAUCUAUCAUUUGUUGAUUUCAGUUAUUCCUGUAUCCGGAAAACCAAUUUUUCAAGAGCUAAUCUCCAAAAAGCUAAGUUUGGGGAUGCAGAAGCGGAAGAUUCAAUCUUUCAAGAUGCAAUUUUGCGUGAGUGUGAGCUUAUUGGGGCAAAUCUUCAUGGAGCUUUAUUAGAUAGAGCUAAUCUUCAAAGUGCAAAUCUGCAAGAUGCAUGCUUAACUGGAUGUAGUCUCUAUGAAGCUGACCUCCGUUCGGCUCAUUUACAGAGUGCGAAGCUGACUGGUGCCAACCUUAAAGGAGCUAAUUUGGAAGGUGCCAAUCUAAAGGGUGCCAAGUUGAAUAGUGCAAAUUUGCAGGGUGCAAAUCUUCAAAGGGCUUACCUUCGAGAAGUUGAUUUACGUGACUCUAAACUGGAUGGAGCGAAGCUAGGAGGGGCUAAUCUACUUGGAGCAAUCAGAUGAUGAUGAAGAAGCUGCAGAAGAUAUCAAUGCCUACCUACUACUAUUCGAAGCAUAGUAAGUCUGUAUACGAAGCAGGUGAUAGAUAUCAAGCUGCUCAGUUGAGGGCUUAAUACACGCUGACGGAUCCUGAUCAUCAUCAUCAUCAUCAUCAUCUUGGAAGUGAAUUUAUAUGGACUUGUUGACUGAGCUUUGUGCCUUGUCUGAAAUCUAUUGCUGCUGAUAACCAUUUGGGUUGGUAUUGGUGAAUGUUGCAUAUUUGUGUCGCGUAACACAUUGGAUUCCUAAGUUUCAUUCAUUUGUACCUAUACUUAAACCUCAUUCUCCAUGUGUGGACUUGGAUAAAGAUGAAACGAUGAACAAAACUAGAAAAAUGUCUGUAGUUUAUUUCAUGUC